UGCGACACCAGGAAUAUGUUCCUGGGGUUUUAACCGGAUAUCAUUGGAGAGAGAUGUCGUUAAAGUAAAUCACAAGUACAUUUAUAUUACCAAAGAUCCUCCACAAACGAAGAUACAUUCAGAUCAAACUCCUCCUGCUUUUUCUUCUACCGGAAGUCUUCAUAACAAAGAGGAUCCGUGGAGCUGUCGACACAAUGGGGAUCACCAAGCUGGCCGAUCUGAUCCGCUCUGAUGCUCCGGAUGCUAUUUCUCACAAGGACAUCAGUGACUACACGGGAAAAGUAAUCGCACUGGACACCUCUGUUGUCGUGAACCAGUUCCGUGCUGCGACACCUUCACUAAGCCCACUGACAGGUCUCUUCUUCCGCACGCUCACCUUCCUGGAACAUGACAUAAAGCCAGUCUUUGUGUUUGAUGGGAAGCCUCCAGAGGAAAAGACAGCUGUGCUCCAGAAGCGAGCUGAGACCGCUGGUUGGAGGUCAGCCAACCUCACUGGCGCAGCAUCAUCCCAGACCAAAGACUGUCUCCAGCUCCUGAAGCUUCUGGGUGUACCUGUCAUCCAGGCUCCAGGGGAUGCUGAAGCGCUGUGCGCCCAGCUGGUGAGAGAGGGGACUGUGGACGCUGUGGCGUCAGAGGACAUGGACACACUGCCAUUUGGAGCCAAUAUUCUCAUUCGCCAGCUAAACGCCAAGAAGGACAGUGAAGUUGUUGAAUAUUCUUUAACCAAGCUGUUAGAGAAACUCAAAAUGAAUCAAGAGGAGUUUGUUGACCUGUGCAUUUUGUUGGGCUGCGACUACUGUGACAAGAUAGCCGGUUUGGGUCCAAAGAGAGCUCUGGCAUUGAUCCAGAAGCACCAUACUAUUGAGAAAGUUGUUUUGGAGAUCAACAGAAAGACCUAUCCUGUGCCACAUUUCUGGAGGUACAAAGAAGCCCGUAAGAUAUUCUUGGAUGCGCCACAAACAGAAGCUCCUGAACUCACCUGGACUGAGCCGGAUGAAGAAGCCUUGGUUCGGCUCCUCUGUCACGUCAAAUAUGUUAAGGAGGACAGAGUCCGUCAUCGAAUGGAGAAGUUCCGUCAGACGCGGGAAAGUAAGCGGGAGGAGAGGGAAAGGGAGAGGGCAGAAGGGCAUAACAGGCAGACUUGCAUAAAGGACUUCUUUAGAGUUACAAGGAAGAGGGAACAGCCCAUGGAAGCUGCAGACCCUUUAAUCAACAACAGGAAGAGACCAAAGUCAAAAUAAGGCCGCCAACAUCUCCCCCUUGCUGUCUGCACCAUUCCACCAUCCAAGUUUGAAGAUUCUUUUCAACACUUUCUAAGAUGUUUGCCUUUCCAGACAUCUCAAACAAUUAACAGACAUUCCUGUGAUCCAGAUCUUGAAUUUCUGAGGUUUCUUUUUAACAUCAUGCUUUAUUUCUGUGCUGAUGAGACGUUGAAACGUUGUGCAUCCUCAACAUCCAUGUCAGUGACUAUAUUCCUUAUAUUUUGAUUUUAUCUUCCGUCACACAAAUAAUUGUUAAUUUCAACAGUUUCAAAGGCUGCAGCUUUACAUGUUGAAUCAUGGUUUUGUAUUUGAAGAAAAGUCUGCUUUUCCAAGUGCUUUCUAGUCACCUCGUAAUUUAGAAGAAGCGAAAACAGGCGUCUUGCAAGACUCUGACCUAAAGUCUUUGUCUCUGCAUGGGGAUCUGAUCUUAGCGGCAGUGUCUGCAACAAUGCAGUUUACUGAGCAGUUCUUCAGUGUAUCCAGCAUUUUCCUGCAAAGCUACCAAGACAAGCUGAGCAGGCGGUGGACGGCUAUGAAAGAGAACAGUGUGAUCACUGUUAUUAAGUCCUUCCCCCACGCCAAAACUGGAGACAGGGGAUGUCUCAUCACUAGAUAUUCAAUGAGCACCUGUUGUGGAAAGGGUGCCAAGGCAGGGACCAAAGACUUGAAUUUUAAAACAUGUACGUAAGUUAAAAAGAGAUAGCGAGAUGUUUAAAAACCAUGUGAAGAAAAGUUUGUGUUUUGAAAAUACUUACAGUACACUGUAUGUUUCUCAUUUUGUUUUUAAAUGUAAUGCUGUUGGCCAUUUUUAAUUUAAA